AUGAGAAGAAAGAAAGGAGGACGAGGACGGCCAAAAAGUGGGACAACCAUUUCCAAAGCAUGUGCAAAGAAAGACGCGGAACUUUCCACAAAGUUGAUUGACAGUGCAUCUCCGGAGCCUGAUAUUAGUGUACUAGGAUAUACCCAAACUGGACCAUCAUCCUACAGAGUUGGCAGUACUCAUGUUCUACUGGGCGGGUCUGAAGAUGACAUUCAGCCAAUAUUUAGAGAUUGUGAGAUAAUUCUGGAAGUGGAAUGUGGUUCUAACAGUGCUCUCAUGUAUUUAUCACGGUUGUGUCAGGGCAGUAAAGGACAAUGUAUAGAAUUUGAAGGUGCCUGGAUUUCUCCUAAUGAUUUUCAGAUGUUAAGUGGGCGAGAAACAGCCAAGGAUUGGAAACGUUCUAUCAGACAUUAUGGACGAAGUUUAAAACUUCUGAUCAACAAGGGAAUACUGACAAUUCAUCCCACUGCUUGCCGAUGUGACAGCUGUCGUCUGUUGACUCAAACGAACGCCUGUGAACCUCCCAGAAAGAUUGACCAAAGUUCGGCAGCAGAAUUAAAGAAACAAAGAAAAUUGAAAACAGCUGAUGAGAGUGACGAGAGUUUGACAAAAAAUAAAAACGAUUCUGAAAUAAAAAGUGCUUCUAAAACGCCGUUUGAUUUUGAAUCAGAUGGAUCUAAGGUUGACUCGGAUUCCAGUGAGCCGCAUUCCCCUGGUAGUUCUGUGAGUGAGGAACUUUUAUCAACACUAGCUCCUAAAGCCACAUCUUUAAAUGAUCAUAUAGAAGAAACGCAAACGGCAAAAAGUGAGCCGACUGAAGAUCACGAUUCCGAUUCAGAUUGUGACCAACCUUUACAAAUUGUGGACGAACCGGAGACUAAACAGGGAUCACUUGAUUUAGAUACAGACUUUAGUACUAAAGUUAGUAACUCUGACGUUGAACGUGAAGCACCUGUUUGUGAAAACAGUGACGCCGAAGAUGAUUCUAAUGAUGACGUAGAUGACGUUGCAGACGACCAGUCAUCGGAUACAACAGACGAUACACCGUUAUCACUGCUGAAAACAUCUUUAAAACAGGAGGAGGAUAAAUCACGUGAUGAAUCUCCACAACAAACUGUACAAGGUAUUACUGUAAAGGAUGAAAAGAAAGAGCCCAUUGAUUCAAGAUCUGAACAACUACCAGUAGAUUUCAAAGAGAAGGUUAUUCUACGUUCUCCAGAAAAGCCACACGGACAACACCGCGAAGCCCGGUUGAGUAACAUUAUUAAUAAUUUAAGAAGCUCGAAAGAAAAAUCAGCACCAGUUACCAGUCAGCAGAGGACAAUGAACGACACUGUUUUUCCUACUACACAGCUUCUAACAACUACACCGACAUUAAAUACAGAUAGAAAUUCACCAGAUGAAACAAAAGACGAAGCUCUAACUGCUAAAGAUUUAGAAAUGGGUGAAAUCAGGCGGAAUUCUACUUCUGGGACUGGUAUUGAUUCGGUUCCAAUGACGCCAUCGACUGUACCUCAGCCAAUAGUUCCACCACCAUAUUUUGGAGUUCCGUUUGAUCCCCAGUAUCCAAUGUUAGGAUUAAGUCUUCAACAUCUGUUCGCCCAGAAUCUGGCUAAUUCAUAUGGUAUGAAUGGAGUAUCACUACCCCCGAAUACCAGCUAUCCUGAUUUACAUUCACGAAGUAAACAAACUCUGAAAUCGCCGGCAGCUACGAUGACAAAAGAGGAAUAUGACAAACAGAAAAGUACAUCACCGACGUCACCAAGUAAUCAGCAACCUAGAUUUACUUCUAGCCCUGUAGGCUCAACAAGUUCCAAAGGUUCCGCCCAGUCGUUAUCCUCGCCUACAUUAUCAGCCGAGAAAGCUGCAGUAAUGGCGAAAUUAACAGAGAAACUAGCCAAGAUUAGUGAGAAACCGCCUGAGGUGAUAGAUAAGACUGUAAAAAGUGUUAUCAAACGAGCGAAAAGAAUGCAGCAAUUUGAGAAACUGCAGGCUAAAUUGAAGAAGAGUGAUUUUGUGAGUCCGAUAGCUGGUAAAUCUAACAAGGAAUAUUAUAGAGACAGAAGUCCGGAAAGACAACCACAAAGAUAUGGUGACCCUGAUAUCAGACGUGAUAAGAAACAGUUAACAACCAAUCCACCACCAGCACAUCAACAUUCUAAAUUAUCCAGUAACACACCACCCAUGUUACCUAGCCCUGGUUUACCAUUUGGUUAUCCAGUCUCACCAGAAAUGAUUGCAAGCAUGCCACAUUUACCAUUUCCCCUACCAUCGUUACAGAUGUGGCAGAGUUGUUUCCCCUUUACCAUGCCUCCACCAGGCCUAGAAACAACGCGGUUUACUCAAUUCUUUCAUAACCUGAAUAAUGGAUUUAUGGGAAAUGCUGCAUUAAAGAGAUCAUUGGAAGAAUCCGUUGUGGACUUGAGUUCUAAGAAACAGAGAUUAUCAUACAGUGACUCCUAUCAGGACAGUAAAAGUGAACUUUUAGUGACCAGUUUACAGACAAUGCCUCGUAUGAACAGUGUUCCUCACCUUGCCUCUAGUCCCAAUAAUAGUUCCAGAUCCCCAGAAAGCAAUUCAUCGUCGCCUUUUUUAUCCAAUGGCCCCCAGUUAAACUCUAGAAACGGUUCACCUGUAUUUUCUUCUGUUUCGAGUUUAACUGGACAAGGGUCUAUGAAAAUUGAUGAAAAUGACAAUUCUAUCGAGGAUGCCCAUGAAGUGAAUUAUCGAGGCCAUAAGUUAAAUGGAUCAUGGUCGGACUCUGAACGUAGUAAAACGUCUACUGAGUGUACAUGUGAUUAUAAAAAUAUUGACGAUAUCAGAUCGUGGAGUACUGAGGACGUGUGUAGAUUUAUGAAAAGACUUGAUGGUUGUUCACCAUAUAUUGAUACAUUCCGUAGAGCUGGUGUAGAUGGUAGUAGCUUACCAUUGUUAACUACUGAUAGUUUAACUAAAUCAUUGGGAAUGAAGCUAGGACCAGCAUUAGUAUUAACAGGAGCUGUAGCCAGAAAAGCCCGGGAAAUCAGUAAAAUAGUGCCAUGUUCUUAUUGUAGGAAGAAAAUUCAACGAGGAUAACUCCUACGUUGAAGAGGGCUUCUCUAAGAGAGCAUCGUCGAAUCUUAACGUGUUUCCAAACAUUAUUCCUUGGAUUAGAUGUGUAUUAUAUAAAGUAUUUAAAUUGAUUGGAAACGACAAUCUUAAUCGCUAGAAAAAUUUAGAAUUGUGUUGAAAUUAAGUGCAGAUGUUUCCGAGUUUUGUGACGACCUAUCUAGUGGACCAAUUAACUCGAAUAUGGAUAAUUAAAUAUUUAAUUAACUGUUUGUAAUAUAAACCUUCACUCUUUAUACAGUAUUAUAGUUCUUUAUUUUUAUUUAUAUGGUGUGGUAGCUCUUUUCAAUCAAAUUUAAAUAUGAGCGAAAUUAAUGUGAAUAUUAUAGACACGACAUAAACAAAGUUUGUAGUUAAAUUUGUCUUUUGCAACUGUCCAAGCAACAAACGUGAGAAGUAACAUUGCAGCGAGGCUCAUGUUUUUGUAAAUGAAACUGGAAGAGACAUUUUUGAGUUAAUUUUUUGUGAAUCGAGCUACCAUAUAAAGUAGAUGUUCAGUUUAGGAAUAUUUUCCGUCCUCUGUAUUUUAUCCUUGUAUCUUAGUUUUGAAUUAGUUUAACAUAGACACUAUGCAAUGAUAUAGAUACAGAUAGUCGAACUGUUAACCACUGUAGAUUGUUUGAUGGUAGAAUUAUAUAUAUCGGAUACAAAUUUCACCACCAGGAAAGUCGGUUCGGAAACUAAGUCAAAUAUACAACAUUUUGAAUCUGGUUCUGUGGCUGAUGCAACUUUGCUGAUUAAAAUAUUGAAGAUCUUGUUUUAGAGUGUGUGAUCGUAAUCUGCACUGCAUUCGCUACUGCUUUCAUCGCCCUCUAUUUACUACCCUAAGUCCAAUUAAAAUCUGAAUGAAAAAAGGCAUAGCCUACGUUGUGUCCAUUGCACGCCUAUUCAAGAAAAGUGCAUAACUAUCUCUCCCAACUACAGUAAUAGUAUAGUAGAAAACAUAGCCUAUAGAACAUAUUUAUUCUGUAUAUAAAAAAUGAUAAUAAGAUACUAACAAAGCAAUACGAUUGAUUCGUUUUGCAGCAAAUGAAAGUUUGUAUAUAUUAAGAACGAUCUGUCGUAAUGGUCUCGAGUCCUUUAAGCAUUCCCGUACAUGAUGGCAUGCAAUUUUAAACCACAAAGCUGAACAAUAUAACGAAAUCUGCUCGAUCAUAUUACAUACAUUCUGUGUCAUUUUUAGGACCAUGAUAAUCUGAUUUUCCUAACAGUCUUGCUUUUGCCUUCACUAAAACAAAGGUACAAAAACGAAAACAACAUACGCAGUAUGGAUUUGUAUCAUCAGAUCUACAAGUGUAGAGUCUCUGAUUGCAUUCGACCGCUUUUGAUAACCAUAUCUAUUGACCACAAGCCCCAAUUGUUAAUAAAUUGUUGAUUGUAGCAAAACUUAUCAUUUUAUUGAAGCAAGUUACUUAAGUAGAAUGUGAUUAUUUAUUUCAGCUUCAAUAGUACAUGGUCAAUUGAAACAUUGUAGUAUUGUUUUCUUAGAAACUGCCUUUAGUACCCAUAACAUUAGGUGUUUUUAAUAAUAUAAUUAGUUAUCAGAAUUAUUUAUCUGAACAUCUUAAACGCCUAUGGUUCACUGAAGUAGUAUCAAUGAAAAGAUUGAAGUAUUUAUCUUAGUCCCUAAAAAGAGCCGGAGUAGAAAUCAAUAAAUGAUAGAAUGAAAUGCCCGGCCUGUCAAUUAGAAGCUUUUAGACAGAUAAUAAAUGAUAAUAGAAGAAAGAAGAGUAUAAUCUAUUUACACUGUAAUUGUUAUUUAUGUUGACUGUACAUCCAUUAUUGGUAGUACUCAAUAAAUUAACCUUUUAAUAAAUACAAUCAUCCUUAUCC